UUCUUACUCGGCUUCCAUUUUGUUCCUUACUUUUUCUUCCGUGAAACAUUUGAGGUCUGAUUGCCGUUGUGGAUAUUAAUCGACUCGAAUCUAUCAAUCCGUUUGAAAUAUCGAGCGAAUCCACACUGCGUUUUAUUGGGAAUGAAGUAGAGGAGGGUAGUUCGAUUAGAGCGGCUGAAGCGGUUGGUCAUGUCUGAGGUCCGCCGGGCCGGUCCGCUGCGCAGGUUUGGAACGCGCGCCAUUUUGUAAAAUUUACACAAAAAAGGAAGAAGUAGCUGGAUGAUGAUGAGAUCUCCCCCAAGAGACGCAGCUAGCUCGCCGUCGGUUAAUAUGUUAUUUUCGGUCAUUAUGAGUUUGAAAUCCGUGUGUCUUGUAACGUUAUUACGCGACGCGCGUCACUGACAGCCAAUGCCUUCUCGACGAGGGUCAAAAUGUAGCUGUAUUUCUGAUCGGAUAAGUUUGUGUUGACGGAGAGGCGCUGUUGAUUUGGAAAGGAGUUGACACAAAGUCAGACGACUCAGGGUUGAAGCUUCAUCGAACAAUUAAUAUACAGGAUUGUAAAAGAAGAUAGCGGAUUCUUCGCGGGGAUCGUAUUUUAAACGUAUAAGGAUAUUUUUUUCUCUCAUCCACAGAGGGACACGUAGCAACAAGAUCCACACCAAUGAUCGUGCAAGUUGAAGAGAAAUCCGAACAUCGACCCUUGAAAGACCCUGCUGAGGCACCAGGGCUUUUCUCCCAUAUAUACAACUUCAAAGUUGGUUCAGUGAACUGUGGUUUGCAGAUGGACUCCUCUGCCAGGAUGAUAUGAGAUUUGCCAGAGGACGAUGCAUACAGGAGGAGAGACCUCAGCAUGCAAACCCUCGUCUGUCCGGCUUGCUCCCUCGUUUUCGUUCAAUGCGGCAGAUGUGCAGAUGGCUGCGCAGACGCCCCAUUCUCACCCGCCAUUCAGUGACGGCCACCAGGCAAGCGCUGACGCGCCGGCCCCCGUGCUGCCCUACGGCCCACAGGCCCCGCAGCUCAACGCCGCCCAGGUGACUGCUGAUGUGGUGAUGUUACAAAGGCGGAUCCCCCAGUGCUUUCGGGAUCCAGCCACAGCCCCCUUAAGAAAGCUCUCCAUUGAAUUGAUCAAAACUUACAAACACAUCAAUGAGGUUUACUAUGCAAAAAAGAAGCGGCGGCAUCAACAGGGCCAAGGGGAAGACUCUAGUAAUAAGAAGGAGAGGAAAAUCUACAAUGACGGUUAUGACGACGACAACUUCGACUACAUUGUUAAAAAUGGCGAGAAAUGGUUGGAUCGCUAUGAAAUUGAUUCAUUAAUAGGCAAAGGCUCCUUUGGACAGGUUGUGAAGGCCUAUGACCGCUUGGAGCAGGAGUGGGUUGCCAUUAAGAUCAUAAAGAAUAAAAAGGCUUUUCUGAACCAAGCACAGAUCGAAGUACGGCUCCUGGAGCUCAUGAACAAGCAUGAUACAGAGAUGAAGUACUACAUAGUUCACCUAAAGCGACACUUCAUGUUUCGGAACCACCUCUGUCUGGUGUUCGAGAUGCUGUCCUACAACCUGUAUGACUUGCUUCGCAACACAAAUUUCCGCGGGGUAUCACUGAACCUGACGCGGAAGUUUGCGCAGCAGCUGUGCACGGCACUGCUCUUCUUGGCCACGCCUGAGCUCAGCAUCAUCCACUGUGACCUCAAGCCUGAGAACAUCCUGCUCUGCAACCCCAAGCGAUCAGCCAUCAAGAUCGUCGACUUUGGCAGUUCCUGCCAACUGGGACAACGGAUAUACCAGUAUAUUCAGAGCCGCUUCUACCGCUCACCUGAGGUGUUGCUGGGCAUGCCAUAUGACCUGGCUAUAGAUAUGUGGUCACUGGGCUGCAUUCUGGUGGAGAUGCACACCGGAGAGCCUCUGUUCAGCGGCGCCAAUGAGGUGGACCAAAUGAAUAAAAUAGUGGAAGUUUUGGGGGUCCCUCCCAGUCAUAUACUGGACCAGGCGCCAAAAGCAAGGAAGUUCUUUGAGAAGAUGUCUGAUAGCACGUGGUGUGCAAAGAAGACCAAAGAUGGGAAAAGGUAUAAGCCGGCAGGCUCACGUAAACUGCACAAUAUUCUGGGUGUGGAGGCCGGGGGGCCAGGCGGCCGAAGAGCGGGUGAGUCAGGCCAUGCCGUUGCUGACUAUCUGAAAUUCAAGGACCUGAUCUUGCGGAUGCUGGACUAUGACCCGAAGAGCCGCAUCCAACCAUACUAUGCGCUGCAGCACAGCUUCUUCAAGAAGACAGCCGACGAGGGCACCAACACCAGCAGCAGCGUGUCCACAAGCCCGGCACUGGAGCAGUCUCAAUCCUCUGGAACCACCUCCAGCACCUCCUCCAGCUCAGGAGGUUCUUCUGGAACGAGCACCAGUGGGCGUGCCCGCUCUGAUCCCACCCAUCAGCAUCGGCUAAGUGGAGGCCAUUUCAGUGCUGCAGUAGGCAUGGACUGCCACAACCUCUGCCCUCAGGCGAGGCAGGCGUUCGGGCCCUCUCUGGGUUGGGUGGGCGGAGAUGGGCUCCAGCAGGCAGCCGGAGAGACUCAUCCAGUCCAAGAGACCACGUUCCACUUGCCUCCCCACCAGCCCAAACCCCUUCACCCACACAGCUCUCAUCACCAUCACCACCAUCCCCAUGCCCAUCACGGCCAGCACGGGCAAGGCCCGGCACGCCCACGCCCUCGCAUCUACUCGCCCUCACACAGCGGCGCCUCCACGCAGGACUCCAUGGAGGUGUCGCAUGGCCACCUGUCCAUGACCUCGCUGUCUUCCUCGGCCUCGUCCUCAUCUACGUCCUCGUCGUCUACAGGCAACCACCACCAUCACCACCCCCACCAGGCCUACCAGAGUCGCCCGCUCCCACUGGGCCUAGGCUACGGGCACGCCUUUUCCAACCCCCGCCAGGAAACGGGCACGGCCGGACACGCUGCAUACCCACUCUCUACGAACUCGGGCUACAUAGCCGAGACUCAUAUGGGCCUGCGCCAGGGCCUGGACCGUGAGGACUCGCCCAUGGCUGGUGUAUGCGUGCAGCAGAGCUCGGUGGCCAGCUCCUGACUACGCUGAGAGGACCGCUUUUUUCCCCCCUCUGUGUGUGUGGUUUUUAAAAAAAACGCUGGUGUUUUUUUCGAAAAAGUGCAUAGAGAUUAAAAAGCUGCUGUAAAAGAGAAGGGAGAUGACGACUGACGCCGCAUGUGCGCUCAAAACUCCUCUCUGCUCACUUGCUGGAGGCCUCUGUUUCAGUCAGUUACCGUUUUGUUUUUUUGUUUUUUUUGUUUGUUUUUUUUUUUUUGGCUUGGAACGUUUUUCAACUGAAUUUCAUUUUAUUAUUAAAAAAAAUGAUAUAAUCAUACAUUUAUUCCUUUUCACUCGGCUCUUUUUAAAUUGAGUAUUAACAUAUGCACCUUCCUGGCAGCCAUGAAAUUAGGUUUCCAUUUAAGGUCUGGGAGAAGGUCCGGUGGUCUUGGAGAUGGACGUUUCUCUGCCUGUAGUCACCAGAAAUGCAAUGUGUUUUACAAACAAAAAAUCUUCACCAACGGUUACUCUUUCAACUGCCAUUUUAUUUGUUUCCUUUUUUCAGCAGGCUUGUUUGUUGGAUGUUUUUUCUUCAUGUGCAAUUCUCUGAUUUGAGUUUAGCAGAACAGCAGCACUAGAGAGAGCAGGCAUGCUGUGUAGAGGGCGCAGUCUUGCGAGUGUCUCCUUUAAAAGGCAGAGUGUGGGGUGUCUCUCCCAUAGAGGGUGCGGUUUUGCGGCUCGCUCCCGGGCUGUGUGUGUCCCAGAGCAGCAGUGUUUGCUGGUGUUUCUGUUUGGUGGCGAGCUCUAGAGUGGGCAGUGGAGCAGGCAGGAGCCUGGUACUGGGCAGCGGUGGACAGCACGUUUGAAAAAUGGCCUUAUCACGCACUGAAUGAAGAGAAGCUGGACAUUUACCCUUAAACUGGGGAAAAUAGCUUUCCUGUAUUUUUUAAAAUCUGGAAUACACAUAAGUCUUUACACAUGAUAAAUAGGAAACAGAGUAUGAGAAUGGUUAUUCGAGGCCUUCCUUAUCUAGAAAUCUACUAUUUGGGAGUCUUUUUUUUUGUUUUGUUUUGUUUUAAAUUUAUUUAGUUUUUUUGUUUUGUUUUGUUUGUUUUUUUUUUUUUGCUGGCCUUGUGAAUUCACAGAAGUAGUAUUGCAAGUUGAAUGGAAACAGCUAUUACCGUGUCCCUUACUGCUUUUUUCUUGCUUUCUCUUCUUUGCUUCAUUUUAAUUUUGUUGUUUUUCAGCAUGUAAUUUACUUUGGAGCCUCUGCACAUUUUUUUUUUCACCCUGGAAAUCUUAACAUGCAGACGUUUGUGUGACUGCUUAUUUUGCCUCACAAUUAUGCUGUGAAUUUUAGGAGAGUUUAUUUUCCCUUUUGAUAAUUUAUUGUACCAAAGCAGUUUUUUUAUAGCACAUAGAUGUCUGUAACCAAUAAUGUAGCAGUUGUGCACUUUGAAACAAGGUGUAUCAGAUUUUUUUUAAAUGUCAGUAAAAUGGCUGUAUCUAUUGCUUUAUUGAAACUGGAACUGUUGUUAAUGCGGCAUAUUUACUGAGAGCUGGAUCCCGAACAGUAUCCAUUUUUUUUCCUUUUUGAAACAGGAAAACAGUGUAAAACAACUGAAACACAACUCUUGUGUUGUAGAUUUUAGUUUUGCUUCAUUCUGUGAGGUGGAGGGAGGGUCGAUGCCCGUGCCGUUGGCUGCUCUGCGGGUUCCAGAGCUCCAGGGUGGCCACUGAGCAACUCGACGUGAGGACAAGGAGAAGCGGUGCGCUGCGUAAUCCAGUUAGACGCCUAUUACUGAGGUGCCUCAUUAUCUGGGUUCCACUGCCUUAAGUGUACAGCACCGUGCUCUCAUGAACAAACUGUGCAGAAAGUGCACCGAGCAAAAUGUGCAGCCCCUGCCUGCUCAGCAAGCAAUGUGUGAGUUCAGAUCCAACCUUCACAAGCUCAGAUCAAAGAGUUUUUCCAGCUUGGGCUCUUGGUGGCUCAGGAGCUGGGGUUGAUAUGUGUGAGCACAGCCUGGUCUACUAAAGUCGUCUCCCUAUCGCUCUUACUUUUCCUUUUUCACUCUUUCGCUGAAGGUAUCUUCAUACCCCGUCCUGCUUUCACGCUCCCUCUCUUGCUCUCUCCAUGUGAGUGUGAUUGAUGCCUAUAAAUACAAGGUAAAUGGUCCUAUAGGGUUCUUGUUCUUGGCCAGCAGCAAAGGACAGCUAAUGGGAGGAGUCCAUGAAAAACCCAGGCUUCAGGUGUUUACUUUGUGACCCCAUUUUAAUAGCUGAAAUAGAAUUUAUGUACAUAUUUAUAUUUUUUUAAAUAAAGGAAGUUUAGAACUCACUACUUUUUUCCUAAUGGUAUUUUGAGUACAUUUAAGUCAGCUUGGUGACCAUGCAGUGGAACUCUGUGGUAGUCAAAUGGGUAUCAGUGCUUCCAGCCCAAAGUAGUUGACAAUGCCAGUACAAAUGCAAAACUCUAGGGUUUAAAUCUAACAGGAGAGUAGAUCUUCAUACCUUAAAUAUAAUAGACAGGGUAUAGUGUGUGGAUGUGUGUCUACAAAUCCGAAUGACGGCAGUGUUUUCAUAUAUUCGUAUACAUAAGAGAUUAUGUAUGCCUAGUACAGGAGAUAUUUUUGUUGUGUUAAUUUGGCACACGCUUCAAUAAAUGGGUCCAUGUGAAAACUGAAUGUAGGCUAUUGCUGGAGGUGCAUGUAGCAAAGUGCACAGCGGUCUUUUUCAACAGUCCGAACCGCGCAUCCUCGAUAAACAUCGGCUCUUCACUCCGAGUCCCAUAACUGCGACUACCCCAGGACGAGCGCAAAGCCCCACUGCGGCUUUCCCCUCCCUGCCCCGAUCCCCGGCCCCCAGGCCUCCACGCCCACUUUAGAGUCUCCACUUCUCCUCCCUUUGGUUCCAGGACAUCUGGUGUGCACUGCAGAGCUGAACAGCAUGACAGAAGGAUAAGUACCUUUUAUCCACAGAUUGUACGAUCAGGACUUUCUGUGUAAAGUAAAAUGUUACUGAGAGGCAAAAAUGGACAAACCCUUUGUACUAUAUUCAAGCGGUCUUAUGUAUGACAUAAAAAAGUUGCUUAACUUUU